GUCAUGUAUGUAGAAAAAAGGGACACCUAUGCACAACCAUUAAUUUUCUGUUAUCUCCCUCGCAAUUUGUCUAUAAAUAUACAAGCACUAGCCUUGCAUUUGCUUCAAUUCAAUACCCCCUAUACUUAGCAAAUAAAUCAUCUCAAUCAAAGUCUCUUUUCUUUUAAUUUUUGUUUUGUUUCCUCUAUCUUGCCUUACAAUAUAAGAAACAUAUAAUAAUGGCUUUACAGAAACCCCCAUUUAAUAACCUCUAUUCCUUAUUCUUCCUCGUUAAUAUUCUCUCUUUCAUUAUUGUUAUGACCAUUCCAUCUUACAAUUGUCUGCAACAUCAUGACACCCUUAAUGAUUACCUCCAAGAAGCAUCUGGCUAUGGUUCUCCUCACCAUCAUCAUCAUCAUCAACAAGAAGCUUAUCCUUCCUAUUUUAGCUCAAUUGAUGAUGGACAGUCCAAUAAUGAGGACUUGAUCUUGAUGAGAGCUAAUGUUCUCGAUUUGAAUAUAUUUGACAAAGUAGGCACCACAUCAACUUCAGCUAAAACAUUCAGUGUUGAUGCCUUUGGAGCUAAGGCUGAUGGAUCUGACGAUACAAAGGCAUUUCAAGAGGCCUGGAAAGCAGCUUGUUCGUCUGCAGGCUCUGUGCUCGUCGUGCCUGAUAACAACUAUCUGAUAAAGCCAAUUAGGUUCUCAGGUCCUUGUAAAUCCAACCUUACGUUGCAGAUAUAUGGAACCAUUGAAGCAUCCGAUGAUCGAUCAGACUAUGAGGAAGAUGAUAGGCACUGGAUUGUGUUUGAACGUGUUCAGAAUUUCUUAGUCGAAGGUGGUGGAACCAUUGAUGGAAAUGGCAAGAUUUGGUGGCAAAACUCAUGCAAACUCAAUAAAGAUCUUCCUUGCAAGGACGCACCAACGGCUCUGACCUUCUAUAAAUGCAAGAAUUUGGUAGUAGAAAACCUGAAAAUCCAAAAUGCACAGCAGAUGCAUGUUUCUUUCCAAGGUAGCAAGAAUGUUAAAAUCUCCAAUCUUAUAGUUACUUCACCUGAAGAGAGCCCCAAUACUGAUGGAAUCCAUGUCACAAGUACCCAAAACAUCCAAAUUACAGACUGUGUCAUAGGAACAGGUGAUGAUUGUAUCUCCAUUGUAAGUGGAUCCCAAAAUGUGCAAGCCAUGAACAUUACCUGUGGACCAGGUCAUGGAAUAAGUAUUGGAAGCUUAGGGUCUGGAAACUCAAAAGCUCAUGUUUCAGGAGUGACCAUUAAUGGUGCUAAACUUUCUGGCACUACAAAUGGAGUUAGGAUCAAAACAUGGCAGGGAGGGUCUGGAAAUGCAAGCAACAUCAAGUUUCAAAACAUUAAAAUGGACAAUGUCAGCAACCCCAUUAUAAUAGAUCAGAACUACUGUGAUCAAGAUAAACCAUGCAAAGAACAGAAAUCAGCAGUUCAAGUGAAAGAUGUGGUGUAUAAGAACAUAAAGGGGACCAGUGCUUCUCAUGUGGCAAUCAAGUUUGAUUGCAGCAACUCACAUCCAUGUGAAGGCAUAUUGUUGCAAGAUGUUAGCCUUGAAAGACAAAGAGGGGAUGAAACAGCAAUAGCCCUAUGCAACAAUGUUGAUGUUGCUCAAGUGGGAGUUGUUUCUCCUCACUGUCCUUAGGAGUACUCUAUACUUAUAUAUAUAGAUUGCAGCCAUAGCAUAGCCAUAGAUUUAUUACGAUAAGCUAGAUUUCAAGUUUCGAUAUAUAUAUAUAUAUAUUUAUUUAUUUGUACCAAAAUUACUUACAGAUAUGAUGUUGUAGUUAUUCAUUAUUUGAUUAAAGCAAUAAAGAA